AUACGGUCAAUGCGGCAAUUGUUGGACUUGCAUUUUGUAAACCUGCCGAAUUCCAUUCCCGACGAUGGCUAUCCCUACACCACCGUCGAGCUCCGCCACUGCCGGCGGCUAUCAGAGCCCUAAGAGAUCGUUAGGUUUAUUCGCAAACGCAAUGAAGAGGAAAAACAGCUUCAUACAAUUCUUCGCCAUGACAGGAAUCCUUCUUCUUAGCGUACGAUCGCUUGGGCAAAAGUACCGCAUAAAUGAUCUGAUGGAGGAUAACGCUGCGCUAAAGGAAGAACAAGAAGGCCUUGUUUUAAGAAUGAAUAAUAUCAAGCAAAGCCUCCUUGCCGAAGCUGCUGUGGAGCCCACUGGUGCUUUUGCUUCACGCCUUCAACGCCUCUUUGGUGAUGACAGUUGAAACAGUUGAGUUUUGUUGUUCUAUCUGAGUUUAUAUUUCAUAUACAUCUGAUAUAGGUUGUUCAAUUAUAAACAGAAUCUAUGGAUUUUGGAAUUUAGGAUUAUUGUAGACUGACCUAGAAUGUUAAAUGUGAUGACUUUUGCCUUCAUGUGUUUCAAAAUUUAUCAUUUCUAAGG